AUGGAAUCCGCAUUCCCCUUACGCUCAUCAUCCCUUCUUUUUCUCCUACUGCUCCCAUCCCUCUCCCUCCUCCAUCCUCCUCCCCAAGCAACAGCUUCUCCACUAUCCGAGACCAAAGCUCUCCUCCACUUGAAAUCCACUCUCCAUGACCCCUCACGAGCCCUCCACUCAUGGGCAACCCUCCAUAACUCCACCACCACCUCCCCAUGCUCAUGGCUCGGCAUCACAUGCACCAACUCUCGCAUCACCGAGCUCAGCCUCCCGCGAGCCGGCCUGGUCGGCACUCUCGACGCCCUCGAUUUCUCCGCCCUUCCCUCCCUCACUGUCGUCAGCCUCCGUCGCAACUUCCUUACAGGCGCCAUCCCUGCGGCCAUCGCCAACCUCUCGGGCCUCGUCUCGCUUGACCUCGCCCACAACCGCCUCUCUGGUACCCUCCCCACCUCGCUCGCCACCCUCUCCCUCCUUGUAAAACUCGACCUCUCUGCUAACGAGCUCACCGGAGAAAUCAUUCCAGCCAUCUUCGCCAACUGGACUAGGCUCACCUACCUUCGGCUCGAACAAAAUCGGCUCACUGGAAACAUCCCGACGGAAAUCCGCCACCUUUCAAGUCUCCGUACCCUUCGUCUAUCUGACAACCAACUAGGUGGCCCCAUACCUCGUGAACUAGGCGAUCUCAAGAGUCUGGUCCGGCUAGAUUUGAAUUCCAACAACUUCACUGGUUCCAUUCCUCGAUCCUUAGGCAAUCUAACGAGGCUGACCCUACUGUGUAUCGAGGAAAACCAAAUCUCCGGCAACCUUCCUCCUGAACUAGGAAACCUGGUCCAACUUGGAGAGAUUGGCAUGUCUAUGAACCAUCUGACGGGGUCCAUUCCUUCUAGUGUAGGCAACUUGUCCAACCUUUACGCCUUAUUCCUCGACACAAACCAGCUCUCGGGACCCAUCCCUGAUGAAAUAGGGGGCCUUGAAAGCCUCGAGUUGCUUGUCCUGAGCCAAAACAGUCUUGCCGGUCCCAUUCCACCGUCGAUCGGCAAUCUGAGCCAGCUGAUCCUUUUCUAUAUAAACCAAAACGGCAUCUCCGGUGGGCUUCCACCGGAGCUGGGAAAGCUUGCGAAUUUAGAAAACUUGAAUUUCGCUUCUAAUCUUCUAGCAGGUUCCAUUCCUUCUAGCUUUGGCAACUUGACCCAGCUAAACAUAUUGUAUCUUCUCUACAAUCAAUUAACUGGUCCCAUCCCCCAUGAAUUAGGGAACCUGGGGAACCUGCAGACGCUAAUUCUCAGCAACAAUUCUCUCACAGGCCCCAUCCCUUCCAGUUUCGAGAAGUUGACUCAGCUAGAAGUUUUAUACCUCGCCUUCAACCAGAUAUCUGGGUCCAUCCCCUCCUAUCUCGGAAACAUGACCACGCUGCAAUCCUUGUCUCUGCACCGCAAUCAAAUCUCCGGAACCAUCCCUCGUGAACUAGGAAAUCUAGUGAACUUGACUGAUCUGAUAAUUUCGGACAACCAAAUCUCGGGUUCUAUCCCGCCAUCCUUGGGCAACCUGACGAACCUAUCAGAAUUAGUG